UAAAAGGAUGGCGCAGUGCAAAACAUACGACAAUACUAAUGAUGAACUGACAGAAGACGGAGAUGAAGAAAUAGGAGAAUUCUAUUUUGAGUCUGAUGCUGUUGCUCUUAAAGGGAAUCAAGAUUAUAUGAACCUUCUCAGGUCCUUGGCAAUACUAGAAGCCCAGCGAACGAAGUUAAUUAAGGAUUAUGAUAAAAUAUUGUUACUAAAAGAAGCAGUCUUGAAAGAUCCAUUAACAUUUGUUGAGAAACUUCAAGCUGGAUGGAUACCACCACUUCCUGAUAGAAUGUUCAUUGAUGAGGUUCCAAAUAUUGAUUGGAGUAAAUACGGUAUAGCACCUGAUAGUGAACUGCUAAAACCUCAAGAUAGUAACCUUUGUGACGUAUCUCAGAAUGACAUAGAAGAUGAAAAUGAGAAAAUACGUGUAAGAGGGAGAAUAUUUGAUGAAACAAAGCCUGAGACUUUCAACAAGCUUUGGUCGCAUGAGGAACAGCAUCGUUUGGAAGAACUUCUAGUUAAAUAUCCAUCUGAGGAGAAUGAAACUAAUAGAUGGAGAAAAAUUGCAGCUGAAUUGGGCACCCGUACCCCAAAGCAAGUGUGCAGCCGUGUGCAAAAGUAUUUUCUGAAGCUUCAGCGUGCGGGACUGCCCAUUCCUGGGAGAAUACCGAAGACACCUUUACAGUAUGAACUACUGAAGAAGCCAUCUCACAAACAUCAGAGGCAUAAUCAUAUGUCAUUGAGACCAACAACAUUUUUCCCUUUGUGGAACCCACCUGUCUACAUGACAGAUACAAAUGAAGACAAUUGUAGUGUGAUACCAAAUCCCGCUGAACCGACCACAGCUUCUCCUUCUGUUACGCAUAGCAGCGAAGACAACAGCAGUAGCAGUAAAUCUGAUUUGGGUAUGGAGAAACCUCAACAGGCUGUGGCAAAUAAUGAAGAAUAUAGCAGUUUACAGUUGCUGAUACGGGUCAGACAGGAGAAAGCAUUACAGGAUGUCAGUGUAAUGCAUCAAGGUUACAAGUGUCGAGAAUGUGGUGAAAUACCAAUCUGUGGAACACGUUGGCACUGUACAGACUGCCCAACGGACCUAUGUACAGACUGUGUUGCUGCUCCUUUGGUGGACCCUCGGAUUCCUCUGAGACAUUCAUUAAGCCAUACACUUGUGACUGUGAAAACUGCUGUCCCUUCGCCGUGUGCCCAAGAUGAAGACAGCAAUUCUCAAACAUUUGUCCCACAAGCUUAUCUCGAUCCUAACUUUUUACCACAAUAGGCAGUCGAGUUGUUUGUGUCUGUUGGUGUGCAAAUGUAAUGGUUGCAUGCUGUUAUUAUUUAUUUGCUUAUAUAUAAAUUGCUAGCUGCAGUUUUGAAAAACUGCAAUUUUUUUAGAUAUUAUGUAAUAACUGGUUAGAAUUCUCUUUGGUGUGUGUGUGUGUGUGUGUGUGUGUGUGUGUGUGUGUGUGUUUUACUAAUAUCAGUAUUUUAUAGUUCUUGUGAACUGAUAGCUUAUCAGUUGGUGGUAACAUCCAUUAAUAAGGUCAACUGCUGUUUACAGAGUACAUUAUUAGGUCUCAAGAUUUCAUAUUAAUUUGUUAUUGUGUGUUUGCAAUGUUAUUGUGCUUAUAGUACUAUUUUACGUAUAUUUGUAAUGGUGUAGUUCAAUCUUAAAAUCCAUAUUCUUGUGAUAAAAGGUAAAAGAUCUCAUUUAUUUUUCAUUAAAGAGCAUUAGUAUAUAUUGAACAGAAAAAUAUUGUGUAUGUUAGAAAAUUUAAUUGUAACAUCUUAUAUGCAAAAGGAAAAGCUACACUCUUGAAUGCCCCAAGUUUCGCAAGUACGUUUCGUUUAUUGAUAUGUAUAUUUUCGAGCUGCAGUUUUGACUGUAAUUCUUAAAAAGUUGAGAUUAUUUGUUUCUUCUCUUUACUGAAGUAAAUGCAAUGAUGGCCAUUUAUCACAAGCUCAAAAUGUUUGCCGUAUUGGGGCUUGAUCUGUGUUUUGGUAUUGGUUCAGAUAACAGCUUACUUAAUGCUGAAGAAGAACAUCAGUGAAGGUCUUACAUCUAAGUAACAUUGAUUACUAGGACAUGCAGGUUAUCUUCAACAUUGUAACUGCCUAGUUUACUUGUAGUCCUUUCAUUACAAAGCCUGACAACAGAUGUCAUCACAAAAACAUCCACUGUCUGUUCUAACAAAUGUGACCCAUCUCUUCUAAAAAAUGUGACCCACACGACUAAAGUAAAGAGUCUCAUGGCUACUGUGUAUACACCCAAUCAGCUCCUGUUGCUAACACUGCAGCAGUCUCUGACUGGAUCACCGAGCGAGGUGGCGCAGUGGUUAGACACUGGACUCGCAUUCGGGAGGACGACGGUUCAAUCCCGCGUCCG